GUAAAAGAUUAUUUAUACUGCUUUUGUUUCUUUUGUUUGUAUUGCAAGAGAAGCCUUGUGGAUUUCCAGAAAUAAAACAUGGACGUUUGUACGAUGAAAAUAGAUAUAGACCAUACUUUCCAGUAGCUAUAGGGAAAUAUUAUUACUAUUCCUGUGAUUCCAAUUUUGUGACUCCUUCACGAAAUUAUUGGCACUACAUUACUUGCACACAGGACGGAUGGAAACCAGAAGUACCAUGCCAGAGACGAUGUAUUUUCACUGAUUUGAAAAAUGGAGAUUAUCCAAGGCAAGGACAAACAUAUUUCCAAGGUGAAUCUGUGCCAGUUAAAUGCAAUUCUGGUCACAGUCUUCAAAAUGAGCAGACUGUAAUGACAUGUACAGAGAAUGACUGGUUCCCUCCUCCCGAAUGCAUUCCUCUCAGUAAGUAAAUGAUCUGAGAUAUU